AUGGAUAAGCUCUUGGAGGAAGAAUUCAUCAGUACUGUCUUAUGGGAAGAAAAAUCACUCCCCAAAGAUGCCAAGUCUGUUAUGGAUACCCUUAUCUUACAGACUGAUUUCACUCUAGCAUCUCUCAGCAAAAUUUUCUAUUUCAAGUCUGGGCAAGGAGGGAAGAGGGUUAAGAGUGGGUCUAUCUUUCAACCUGCUGCAUGCCAUGGCACAAAUGCAGAAUGGCUGUUCGAUGACAGGAAUGUCCAGCCUAAGUUGUUGGUAGACUCCAGAAAACAGAAGAAGAAGGUGCAGAUGAGCAUGGUGUUGGCCACAUUGACCAAUACAGAAGUGGAGAUAUUGGAUUUGUCUUUCACAAUGCCUGAAACCGACAAGAGCUUUGGUGCCAAAGGAUAUGACAACAAGCACCCCAACAAGCAGCCUCAGGCAUCAGUGACAACAGAGGGCAAGUGGACCCUCCUCUUCAACAUCUUGCAAGCUGCCAUGCACAUGAUGUACAAGAAAAUUUUCCCUAAUCCCUCAGCUGCAUUCCCCUUUUGUGCCAUGAACAUUAUUGGUGGCCUGCUGAUGCAUAUUUGGUCCUCCCAAUUCUGUAAUACUCCUGUCCUGGAUGACACCAAUGCGCAGAAGCCAGAUGUUAUUCUGGUGGAUUGCAAUCUACACAACGUCUCAUUAUGA